AUGCAAAGAAGCUUGAUUAUAUCUGAAGAAGCCUGUGAUUUGAAGUGUGAGUAUGAAAAUACCAGUGAGAAGGUUGACGUUUGUUUAGAGGUAAAGGAACCUGUAAACUGUGGAGACUGUGAGCGCGUUUGUUCCGGUGGAUUUCCUCGAAAUGCAGAACCGGAAGCUGAAGAUAACAAACCGAAGAAUGAUGACAAAGAAAAUUCGUGCGACAGUCAAACUGGAUUUUCAUCAGAGAGUAAAGAAACGUCAGUUGCUGAUGACUCCAGCGAAAGAAAUCAUCAGUGUGACAUUUCACCAGCUACCAUACAGGAAGAGAGUGAUCAUAGUAUUAGUUUAAACCGUUUGCGUUCCGAGUCCCUCGGUGAUAAACAUGACGAAAGUCAAAAUUGUAAGGAUGAAAAGGCAGACGAAACACAUGAUGGCGACGGAAAAAGUGUAGACGAAGAACUUAAAUACCCCAAUGCAGCCUAUCUGUCGGUAUGUCUUCAAAUACUGAUUAUUCUGUAUAGGCUGUACUUGUUACUCCAUUUAAUUAUUUUUUCAGCUGAAGAGAUGCCAACAUGGAUGAGGUCACCUGAACUUCUGGCUUUACAGCAUAACCUUACAUUUCCUGAAAGUGCUACUGCUUCUCCAGUCACUUUACGUAGAGCACACAGAUGUAGAAGGUUCUCUGUAGAUCUGAGUGAAAUGCGGUCUUUAAGAUUAUUUUUUGCUGACCCAGCCUGUACCUCUGGUCAGUUAGUAGUUGCAAGUAGAGAGAGUCAAUAUAAAAUUCUGCAUUUUCAUCAUGGAGGUUUAAAUCGAUUGGCAGCAAUUUUACACCAAUGGCAUCAAUUGCUUUAUCCAAGAUUAAAGGAAGAUACAGAAGAAGGCCUUCCAUAUAGGCACUUCAUGGUAUGUCGACCUGAGGUGAGUCGUGAUGAAUUACAUCCAGAAGAGGGGCAAGUACCAAUGAUUACUUCAUUGGCAUGGAAAGAUCUAUUGAAUGAGAAAGGUCAGGUAGAAGAUGACCUUACGCUUCGUAAAGGAAUAUUCUUUGGUGGGCUAGAACCUGCAUUACGGAAAAUUGUGUGGCCAUUUCUUCUUCAUUGUUAUUCAUAUCAAAGUACUUAUGAAGAAAGGGAACAAAUGGAUACCAUUCUGAAACAAGAAUAUGAAGAAAUUCAAAAGCGUAGAACAACCAUGAAUCCAAAGCAAGCAGAACAUUUUUUGCGGAAUGUUGUGUGCAUUGUAGAAAAAGAUGUUGUUCGUACUGACAGAGGAAAUCCAUACUAUGCAGGAGAAAAUAAUCCAAACAUUGAAGUAAUGAAAAACAUUUUACUAAAUUAUGCAGUUUAUAACUCUCGACUGGGAUAUACACAAGGCAUGUCUGAUUUGUUGGCACCAUUGUUAGCUGAAUUGAAUUCUGAAAUAGAAGCUUUUUGGUGCUUUGCUGGCUUAAUGGAAAGAUCAGUAACUGUAUGCACACCUACUGAUGUCGAUAUAGAUAGAAACUUGUGUUACUUAAGAGAAUUAGUUAGGAUAAUGGUACCAGAUUUUUAUGCACAUCUUCAGAAACAUACGGAUGCCUUAGAACUUCUGUUUUGUCAUCGAUGGAUACUUCUGUGUUUAAAACGGGAGUUUCCAACCGAAGUGGCAUUAAUGAUGUGGGAAGCUUGCUGGGUAAAUUAUUUAACGGAUCACUUUCAUCUAUUCCUUUGUCUUGCUGUAAUAUGCGUUUACGCAGAUGACGUAAUAGCACAAGACCUUCGGACGGAUGAAAUGCUAUUGUAUUUUAGUUCUUUAGCUAUGUAUAUGGACGGGAAUCUCAUAUUGAGAAAGGCUAGAGGCCUACUUCAUCAUUUUCGUCAGCUUAUUCGUUUACCCUGUACAUUAGUGGGACUUUGUCGUCCAUAUGGUCCAGGAAUGUGGGAUUGCACUCAUGAUCCUGUUAUAGAAUGUGUGGGCCAUGAAGUGUCACCGUGUCCGCACUUGUUACUGCAGUCAGUAUACGGCCGUACUUUUAAAUGUUGUUCUUAUGUAAAAUAAAUAAGUUACAGA